AUGCUUAAUGAAAGUAAAGGAUCUCAGCAACGUCCUAAUCAAACAUCUGGUAAUCCAAAACCUCAGCAACAAGAAUCAAGCAAUCUUUCUGAUUUGAAUUACACUUCCAUACCCAUACUGGAUAUACACGAUAAUGACGACGAUUUUGACAACAAGUCAUCUCGUGGUUAUUCCAAAUCAGGAAAAAACGACCGUGAUAAGGAGCGUCGUCAACGAGAACUUGAUCGCAGAGAGCGUGAGCGUAUACAACAACUGGAGCGUUCCAAUCAAAAAAAGAAAUUGACAACCAAAAAUAUUUUACUUCCAGAAGGUAUCACUAUUGCUAAUCUAGGCACGCUGAUGGAGGUUAAAUAUGAGAAGCUUGCUCGACGAAUGAUAAAAAUGGGAUUUGAGGAAACAGAGGCAAACUAUGUGUUGACGGCUGAAAACGCAGGUCUGAUUGUCAUGGAAUACGGUAUGAAUCCAGUUAUGGUUGAGCUUGAAAAGGUACAGUUAAGUGCUCGACCAGAGCCAGUAGAUUGGACACAAUACCCGCUUCGUCCGCCUGUUGUAACCAUCAUGGGACAUGUCGAUCACGGCAAAACCACAUUGCUAGACUCACUUCGUAAAACGUCUGUUGCAGCCAGCGAAGCUGGUGGUAUUACACAACAUAUUGGUGCCUUUUCAGUCGUAUUGCCAUCGAGCCAGCGAAUUACCUUUUUGGACACGCCUGGCCACGCUGCGUUUUCUGCUAUGCGGGAGCGUGGUGCACAGAUCACAGAUAUUGUUGUCUUGGUAGUAGCUGCUGACGAUGGUGUGAUGCCACAAACAGUCGAGGCAAUCAAACAUUCUGUAGCAGCAAAAGUUCCAGUUAUUGUGGCACUAAACAAAUGUGACAAGCCUGGAGUAAACAUGAAAAAAACCAAAGAAGACUUGCUUCGAUACGAGCUUGUAUUGGAAGAAUACGGUGGCGAAAUUCCGGCAGUAGAAGUUUCUGGUCUUACAGGGAAAGGACUCGACAGUUUAGAAGAAACCAUUCUCACAGUAUCCGAGGUGCUUGAUAUACGAGGCGAUCCCAGCGGUGCUUGUGAAGCUAUCAUUAUUGAAUCCAAACUUAGUCGCGAACAAGGCAACGUAGCUACAGUUUUGGUUCGUCGCGGUACGUUGAAACCUGGUGCAGUUUUAGUUGCAGGAUCAACGUGGUGCAAAGUACGCCGAUUGGUUGAUGAGAAGGGCGUGGAAUUGAGCGAGGCAGGUCCUUCUACACCCAUCUCAGUUACAGGAUGGAAAGCUUUACCCAAUGCUGGUGAUGAGGUGUUGGAGGCUGAAAAUGAGAUAUCUGCUAAAAAGGUUAUUCAAAGUCGGAUACGACACAAACAACAGUUGCAGAAUGUCCAACUUAUUGAAUCAAUGAAUGAAAAGCGAUCGCAGGAUAGAGUCGACCGAAUUGAAACAAAGGAAAACGGGAAAGACAAGAAAAGGCAUACUCAAGUAGAAACAAAAAAUUCAAUAGACCCCAAUGCCAUUCCCGAAUUGCGACUUGUCAUCAAAGCUGAUGUUCACGGAUCUUUGGAAGCAUUGGAGGGAGUCAUUCAGGGACUUCCAAACCACGAAGUUCAAGUUACAGCCAUUUCAUCUGGAGUGGGUGCAGUGACAGACACGGAUGUUUCAAUGGCUCUUGCAGCAAAUGCACAAAUUAUUGCGUUCAAUGUUGUCUGUGAUCGCCGCGUAUUAAGCGAGGCCAAGUCGAAAGCAAUCAAUAUACACCAGCACCAGAUCAUUUAUAAGCUCAUUGACGACCUUAAACUCCAGAUGAGCGAGUUACUUCCAGUCACGAUUCUCAAAGAAGUAGUUGGCGAAGUCAAUGUGCUACAGGUGUUUAGUAUCAGUGCCAAGAACAAAAAAACCGACUCUAUUGCUGGAUGCAAAGUCAUAAAUGGCAAAGUACUACGCGGCAAUAACAUUCGUGUCAUGAGAGAUGGACAGGAAAUCUAUGCAGGGAUGAUCAAAACCUUCAAGCAUCACAAAAAAGAUAUUAUCGAGGCACUCAAGGGAUUGGAAUGCGGUAUUGCCAUUGAUGGGUUUACAGAUUACCAAGAAGGAGAUGUACUGCAAGCAUACAAAGUAACAGAAGUGAAACGCACUUUAUCUUAA